GACAAGCAGUUUCCUAAGUCGGCUCCUCUAGGGCCCAAGUCAGACUUAAAAUAGGAAGUCUUUGUAACACGCACAGACCAAGAGCAGAGGUCCGCACCAUGAGGAACAGAUAUCGACUGCUGCCAGGACUCUUGCUGCUGCUGCUGUUAAUAUUCAGAGCUGCUUCCCAGAACACUAGAGACAUCAACAUGUGUGAGCGACCCUGGAGGACGCCCUGUGUACCAUACGUUGACUGCCAGGGCGUGGAUGGGAGAUACUGCGUGUGCGGCCCAGGGCAGGAGCUGAUUCCCGAGAUGACGUUCAGGAAUGAGAGUGAAAACAUGUGUCAAGGGCUCUUGGUGCUGCUGCUGUUGACACUGGGGCCUGUACAGAAACUGAGUGCUUCUGCCCCCACAGACUGUGCACGGUGGUGCCCUCUGAACUCCAGAUGUGUCAACGCCACGGCCUGUCGCUGCUCUCCAGGGUUCACUUCUUUAUCUGGGGACAUCUUCACCAACCGCUUGGAGAAUUGUGAUGACAUCAACGAGUGUGGACCACCCCUCGGAGUGUCCUGUGGAAAAUUCGCACACUGCCUUAACACAGAGGGGAGCUACCACUGCACGUGCAGCCCAGGAUACGAGCUUGCUUCUGGGGCAAAAACAUUCAGGAGUGAGAGUGAGAACACGUGUCAAGUAAUUUCAGUUCACAUUCCUGAGAGCAAACCAGAUGACCAGAAGCCAGAAGAAUGCUGUGUGGAGUCUAAGCAGAAUUACACGGAUCCACCCCCAUACACACAUAGAAAAUUACAUGAUCAGAAGGGGCUCCCGUCGAGACAAGAUAGCAACAGACAGCAUCAUUGGGGACCAGCAGGCAACUUUUUCCCCAGCUGGACCCCACCCCGUGGAAUCAAGAGCCGGAGACUCUCCCGCUUCUUUGAAAAAGUCGAAGAUCUGGCCAGAAAGUUCAUACCGGCCUUUGCCCAGAACAGCAUCCAGGGCCUCAUAGAGGAGGUGGAUGAGUUGUUGCAGACCCCACAAGACCUGGAGGCACUGCCCCGCUCAGAGCAGCGCCGUGUGGCCACGAACCUGCUCGCUGGCCUGGAGGACGUCCUGAGAAACAUAAGCCAGGCCCUGCCCAAUGGGACAUUGACCUUCAGUGCAUCUGCAGGCACAGACCUGUCCCUGAAGGUGCAAGAACAAGGAGACAGAAAUGUCACCUUGAGUCUGAACCAGGCAAAGAUGCUGCUGAGCUUGGAUGAGGUGCAUGAAUCUAGUGACUCAGGUCCUGCUGUGGUGGGCCUCAUCUCCACUCCAGGGAUGGCCAAGUUACUGGUCGGGGCGCCCCUGAUCCUGGACCCUAAGCAGCAGGCAGUUCUGCGUGAACACAAGGAAUUGCUGGGAGAGGUCUCCCCUGUCCUGCUCUCAGAUGUCGUCUCUGCCUUUGUGAGCAACAAGGACACCCAGAACCUCAGCUCCCCCAUCACCUUCAUCUUCUCCCACCACCCGGUGACGCCCGGGCCAAGGCAGAAGGUGUUCUGUGUCUUCUGGGAGCACAGUCAGGAUGGAGGCGGUCAUUGGUCCACCAGAGGCUGCAGGACGGCGGCCACCGGAGAUGCCAACACCACCUGCCAGUGCUCCCACCUCAGCAGCUUUGCCGUCCUCAUGGCCCACAGCCACGUGCAGGAGGAGGAUCCCGUGCUGGCUGUCAUCACCUACGUGGGGCUGGGCCUCUCUCUGCUGUGCCUCCUCCUGGCAGCCCUCACCUUCCUCCUGUGCAAAGCCAUCCAGAACACCAGCACCUCGCUCCACCUGCAGCUCUCGAUCUGCCUCUUCCUGGCCCACCUGCUCUUCCUCACGGCCAUCGACCAGACCAAGAUCAAGCUGCUGUGCGCCAUCAUCGCAGGGGCCUUACACUAUCUCUACCUGGCCUCCUUCACCUGGAUGCUGUUGGACGGUCUACACCUCUUCCUCACGGCACGCAACCUGAUGGUGGUCAACUACUCCAGUGUGAGCAGGCUCAUGAAGAGAUUCAUGUUCCCUGUGGGCUAUGGAGUCCCGGCUCUAAUCGUGGCCGUUUCUGCUGCAUCCAGACCUUCCCUUUAUGGAACACCCACCAGAUGCUGGCUCCACACAGACAAAGGAUUUGUAUGGACCUUCCUGGGCCCCGUCUGCACCAUCUUCUCCAUUAAUCUGGCCUUCUUUCUGAUGACCUUCUGGAUUGUGAAAAACAAGCUCUCCUCCCUCAACAGAGAUGUGUCCACCCUCCAGAACACCAGGAUGCUGACAUUCAAAGCGACGGCUCAGCUCCUCAUCCUGGGCUGCACGUGGUGUCUGGGCAUCCUGCAGGUGGGGCCAGCUGCCCGCGUCAUGGCUUACCUCUUCACCAUCAUCAACAGCCUGCAGGGAGCGUUCAUCUUUCUGGUGUACUGCCUCCUCAGCCAGCAGGUCCGGGAGCAGUACCGGAAAUGGUUCAGAGGGGUCAGGAAAGCCAAAGCCGAGCCUGAGAAUUACACGCUCUCAAGCGGGACCGUGUCUGAUGCCUCCAAGCACAGUGCGGAGAAUUAUAAUGAACUGGCGAACUUGUCUCUUAGACAGUGAAGAAAACACUGAACCGUCCUCUUUGGGGCAAAGAGUAUUAAAAAUAACUCUCCUUGGCACCACUGUAGGAGAAAAGUAUGCGGGAAACGUUUGUCAUUCAGCUGCUGGCGAAUUUGGGUUUUCUGGUACAUACAAGCAUUCUCAUCAUCUCCUUCCCAGUAUAAUCAGGAGCUCUAACCCAAUACCCCAGUAGAAACCUCUUUUUCCAAAAAGAUUCUUCCUCAGGUUGAUGAUACAUAACAAGGAAAACCAGCCUCAAAGGACUUCCCUAAAAUAACACAGGAGAGGAAAGUAAUAUUCAAAUACCUGCCUGUAGAGUAAACAACUAAUGCCAGUUGCCCAAGACUUGCCUGAUUUUAGAGCUGACAGUAUUUCUCCCCAGGAAACAUUUUGGUUAUAGGCAAAGUAGACCAGUUGGUCUCCAUUUAUACAUACAUGCCUCAACUUACUCACUCUCCAUUCCUGAAGCCCUACUGAUUAAUUCCUUCCAAAAAUGUGCGCUGGAUCAAGGAGAUCCAGUUCCCGAGUUCACAGAGUUUAAAUGUGGGGGAAAAAAAGUUUCAUCUGAUGGAGUAAAAUCAGAACUAUGAGACUCGAGUCUCUGCAUCUUUACAUUUUAUAAGUUGAGCUGUGGGGAAAGGUGUAUAUUGCUACAGCACAUUUAUACGUAACAUAAUAUUUCAUCCUUACCAUGCAUCUAGGCAAGAUCUAAACCCAGAGUGGUUCCCCCUCCAAGACAUUCCCUGGAGGCUCCCACUGACCAAUUUUGUAACAAUUUGAACAUCAAAUGACUGUACAUGAGUAUAAUAUUUUAGAUAAACAUAUUCAUGAGUCCAUAGUGAUACUUAGAAGCUCAGUUAAUAGAUGCAGAAAAUACGAUAGAAUUAGAAGAGCAUGAUUCUUUCAAUAUCCCAUAAAUAGUCACUAAAAGCAUUGAGUGAAAGGGUGUUGGAGAACAGGCUGGGACCAGAGCACCAAAGAAUCACCUCUUGGAUCACCGAUUAAUUACAAGGGCCAAAGUGCACAUUUGCAACGUGGAGAUCUGACAGCCACCAUCUGAAUUAAUGCCCACACUUAAUAUCAUCGAUGGUGGGCAAACUGACAUUAGGAAUAUCAGGAGAUACAUACAUCCCAUUGUUGAAGUUACGACAUCCCAUUUUUAGUACAUAAAAAAUUGAAAUCUAACCCAGCCUUUAGAGAGAAGGUAACCAAACUAUAGCAUGCAGGCCAAAUCCAGGGAACUGCCUGUUUUUGUUAAUAAAGUUUUAUUGGAACAUUGA